UUCACGUCCCGACACCCCCCUCCCCUGCCGCCGUGCUUUCCUUCCAGCCUGCCUCGUCUGUUGCCGGGGACGGAUCUCGCGAUUGUUAGCCUUUUUCGAGGGGGGUAAGCGAGUUUUUUGGAAGAUGGCGCCUGUUGUUACGGGAAAGUUUGCUGACAGACCACAGCAUCAGCGGUUAACCAGGGAGGCCAUGAGGAAUUACUUAAAGGAGAAAGAUGACCAGACAGUGCUCAUUCUUCACGCCAAGGUUGCACAAAAGUCGUACGGAAAUGAAAAAAGGUUCUUCUGUCCUCCACCCUGCGUGUAUUUGAUGGGCAGCGGCUGGCAGAAGAAGUUGGAGAAAAUGGAGAAGGAGGGCGGCACGGAGCAAGAGGUGCAGCCUUGUGCUUUCAUUGGGAUUGGCAACAGUGAGCAAGAGAUGCAGCAGCUCAAUCUGGAGGGAAAACACUUCUGCACAGCGAAGACGCUGUUUAUCAGCGACUCUGAUAAAAGGAAGCAUUUCAUGCUGUCUGUCAAGAUGCAGUACGGAAGCGGCGCUAACAUCGGCAUGUUUCUGAGCAAGAGAAUCAAAGUCAUCUCCAAACCCUCCAAGAAGAAACAGUCCUUAAAAAAUGCAGAAUUGUGCAUAGCGUCGGGAACAAAGAUCGCUUUAUUUAACCGCCUGCGCUCCCAGACGGUGAGCACCAGGUAUCUCCACGUGGAGGGCGGCAACUUUCAUGCCAGCUCCCAGCAGUGGGGGGCCUUCUACAUUCACCUGCUGGAUGACGAAGAGUCGGAGGGCGAGGAGUUUGCAGUGAGAGAUGGCUACAUUCACUACGGACAGACGGUCAAACUGGUCUGCUCUGUGACUGGGAUGGCUCUUCCCAGACUGGUAAUUCGCAAAGUGGACAAGCAAACGGCUUUGUUAGACGCGGAUGAUCCGGUGUCGCAGCUUCACAAGUGUGCCUUCUACCUGAAAGACACAGAACGAAUGUACCUCUGUCUGGCACAGGAGAGAAUCAUUCAGUUCCAGGCCACACCGUGCUCAAAAGAAGCAAACAAGGACAUCAUCAAUGACGGAGCUUCCUGGACCAUCAUCAGCACGGAGAAGGCUGAAUAUACCUUUUAUGAGGGAAUGGGUCCGGUCCUCUCCGCGGUCACUCCGGUGCCCGUGGUGGAGACUUUACAGUUAAAUGGUGGAGGAGAUGUCGCCAUGUUGGAGCUGACGGGGCAGAAUUUCACUCCAAACCUCCGAGUCUGGUUCGGCGACGUUGAGGCUGACACGAUGUACAGAUGUGGCGAGAGCGUCCUCUGUGUGGUACCAGACAUUUCGGCCUUCAGGGAGGGCUGGCGGUGGGUGAGACAGCCGGUGCAGGUUCCCGUCACUCUCGUCCGGAAUGAUGGGAUCAUCUACUCCACUGCUCUGACCUUCACCUACACCCCUGAACCCGGCCCGCGACCUCACUGCAGCAUCGCCGAUGCCAUUUUGAGGACACAAAGCACCUCCUCUUCAUCGCCUGUCUCAUCUUCCUCACCCUCCUCGUCCUCGUCGUUUGGGGGACUUGCAGAGGGCCACAGCUCCUACAACAGUUUUGACUCUGGGCUGUCGUCAGGGUCGUCCACCAUGUCUUUGCUGUCGUAGUGACGUGAUGUGAUGUGGGCAUUUCCUGAGAGGCGAAGCCCCUGUGAUCAAACAGCAGCGCAGCGGCGUUUUCAUCUGGACUGUGAAAGGAUGGAACCAUAUUGACUCUUUGACUCCCUCUGCUGGAUUAUAUCGGACCUGCUAAAGAAGCUUUGUGGAGCCUUGUUUUUUUAUUGCGUUUUUAAUCGAGGUCAUGUUGAUACUUGAGAUUUUUUUAGCGUGUGCGGGUCCAACGACUAGAGUUUUAUUAUUUUAUUCAUAUAGUAUUUUAUAAGCGACUAUUGAGGUACACUAUGACAGCGUUCCAUGUCAUUUUAGUAGUAAAACCGUUGCGUGUGUAAAUGCUUUUAUGUGUCCCUCCCCCUGCAUCAUAAUCACUUAUAGGGGAGACCUGCAACAAGGACUGUUUACACGUGGUUGAAAAAAUAAUCAAUGACAUGAAUAUAAAAAUGUUUGACACAAAAUUGUGAUCUAUUGUGACAUAGUUGUAAAGGUCAACUUCAAGGAGGCGGACAUCAAGGCUAGUGAAAAUGUUGUGCUUUUGAGUAUAGCUUUAAGUCAUUUUUUAACUUCAUUGUGCCUUACGAUUGAAGGGUGGAGGGCAUUUCAGAGAAGAGCGGUGUUGGAGACAGGUUUUGUUUCUCUAUACAGGCCACAUGAGUGAGGUCACUUGUGAUCCCAUUGGUUCAGUUAAAGGUAAACGUGCCGAAACACAGAGGAGUCACUCAAGUUUGCUGUGUUUUCACAGUGUUCCUUAAAGUGUUUUCUUCGACUACUGAGCAGGAAUAAAGUUGCACUGGUGACGAAGUUUAUCACCUGGUGUUUGUUCCUUUGAUUUAUCAAUGAGCAGUAACCUCUGUUGUGUCUCCAUGGUGACUUCCAAAUGCUGACCUAAACAGUUCUCAAAAGGUGCUUUUGAGAGUAGAUAGCAACAGUUAUUCAACACUGACUUGUACCUUUUUUUUCCGUGAAAAAUGUAUCAUUAUUGCUG